AAGCACUGCCCUGACCACCUUCUCCUUGGGAACAGGAGCUCCAUCCCAUCCCACCAAGAUGUCUUGCUACGACCUGUGCCCACCAAAAACCAGCGUGGCCGUGCCCCAGCCCAUCGCUGAGAGCUGCAACGAGCUGUGCGCGCGCCAGUGCCCUGACUCAACGGCCUUCAUCCAGCCACCGCCCGUCGUCGUCACCUUCCCCGGCCCCAUCCUCAGCUCCUUCCCCCAGCAAGCCGUGGUGGGCUCCUCCGGAGCACCCGCCUUUGGGGGCUCCCUGGGGCUGGGGGGCCUCUACGGCGCCGGGGCCACUCAGGGCUCGGGCGGCCUCUGCACCUUUGGCAGACCCUACGUGUCUCCUGCCUGCAGCCCCUGCGCCUUGCCCCGCUACAGCAGGAAGCUGUGGGACACCUGUGGGCCCUGCUAAACCCAGGCUCUGUUUUCUACCAGCACCAACAGCAUCUGCUCAUGCUUGAGCUCCUGGGCAUGGAGUGCUGAGGAAUGCUGAGGAGUGCUGAGCAGCUCCAGCUGCAGCCAAAGGAUGGGCAGCUUGCAGUACUGCCAGCUUUGCAUGCUUUGCCUCAUUCUCCUGCCCAUUCCUCUUCAUCCAUGGGCUACAACUUGAGCCUGGCCUUCCUUUUUUUCUCUGUCUUCAUCUCUCAAUGAUCUGGGAACAAUAAAGUUUUCCUGCAUUCACAAA